AUGGUUGUAAGGAAUCUAACAAACCCGCAUAAUUUUAGUUCGCUAAGUCUGGACAAUAAUAAUAAUGCUAACAAUAAUAAUAAUAGUGAUCCCUUUCUAUCUGAUACGCAAUCUCCACCUCCAUUAUUAAAUAUGGAUGAUAGUAGUAAUGAUAAUGAUCUAAAUCAACAACAACAUCAAAUAAAAAGAGCUUCAAAUCCAUUUAUUGCAAGCGAUGAAGAAGGUUAUGUAAAUAAUUCAGAUUCAAAUUCUUCCAUACAUUAUCAAAAAAAUGCAAAUCGUGAGAAUAGCGAAAUUUCUUUAUUACAUAACACCAAUAAUAUGAAUACGAAUAAUAAUGGUGUCUCAGAAUAUAAAGGUUAUUACUCGAAAAAUGGUAGUUCAGUAAACAAUAAACUUCCAGAAAAUUCAUUCCUCUUACCUCCACAACAAAAAUCUUUCCCAUCUUCCACUUCAUUAAGUACGGGAAUCUCAACUAAUGAUAUCCUAUCGCCACCUGCAUUCGAUAGAUACCCUGUAGUUGGUUCAAGAGUGCCAUCUAUGAUUCAUGGGCAACAACAAAAUAAUAAUAAUAAUAAUAAUAAUCAAUAUUCUUCUUCUCCAAAUAUUACGAAAAAUUCUUCAUCAUCACCUGGUAUUGAAUCAAAAUCAUCUUUCGUUUCUAACAACCCUUUCCUAGGUGAACAAGAUUUUUCACCAUUUGGUGGAUAUCCAACAUCUUCAUUCCCUCUAUUAAAAGAUGAAAAGGAAGAUGAUGAUCAUUUACAUAAUCCUGAUCCAGAAGAAGAAGCACGUCUUGAUAAAAGAAGAUUUAUGGAUGAUUUUAAAAACAUGGAUAAAAAAUCAUUCGGUGGGUUAAUGGGUAUCUUUUUGCUUUUCAUAGCAAUAAUAAUGAUCUUCAUCGUAUUACCAGCAUUAACUUUCACUGGUGUUACUGAUCAUCCUGAUCCUGUACCACAAGUCAUUGAAUAUUUAACCUUAUAUCAAUAUCCUCAAUUAUCCGCAAUUAGAACAAACCUAGUGGAUGAUGAUACUCCAAGUAAUGCUUAUUCAAGACAAGCAUUAGACGGCUCAUAUUGGAAAUUAGUCUUUUCUGAUGAAUUUAAUGCUAAUGGGAGAACUUUUUAUGAUGGUGAUGAUCAAUAUUGGACUGCUCCAGAUAUUCAUUAUGAUGCCACCAAGGAUUUAGAAUGGUAUUCUCCUGAUGCUUCCACCACAGUGAAUGGUACUUUAAAAUUAAGAAUGGAUGCAUAUAAGAAUCAUAAUUUAUAUUAUAGAUCGGGUAUGAUACAAAGUUGGAAUAAAUUAUGUUUCACUCAGGGGAUCAUAGAAAUUUCUGCAAAUUUACCAAAUUAUGGUAGAGUCACUGGGUUAUGGCCCGGUCUAUGGACAAUGGGUAACCUUGCAAGACCUGGCUUUUUAGCAAGUACUGAGGGUGUUUGGCCUUAUUCUUAUGAAUCUUGUGAUGCUGGUAUAACACCAAAUCAAAGUUCACCUGAUGGGAUUUCUUAUUUACCAGGUCAAAAAUUAAGCGCAUGUACUUGUGAUGGUGAAGAUCAUCCAAACCCUGGUGUAGGAAGAGGUGCUCCUGAAAUUGAUAUUAUAGAAGGUGAAGUGGAUACAGUCAUUGGUGUUGGUGUUGCAUCUCAAUCAUUACAAGUAGCUCCAUUCGAUAUUUGGUAUAUCCCAGAUUAUGAUUACAUUGAAAUAUAUAACUUUACUACAACUGUUAUGAAUACAUAUUGUGGUGGACCAUUCCAACAAGCUGUUUCUGCAGUGUCUACAUUAAAUACUACAUGGUAUGAAUUUGGUCCAGAUGCUGGUUAUUAUCAAAAAUAUGCCAUUGAAUAUUUGAAUGAUAAUGAUGAUGGUUAUAUUCGUUGGUUUGUUGGUGAUACACCAACUUAUACUAUAUAUGCUAAGGCAUUACAUCCAAAUGGUAAUAUUGGUUGGAGAAGGAUUAGUAAAGAACCAAUGUCAAUUAUUAUGAAUUUAGGUAUAUCAAAUAAUUGGGCUUAUAUUGAUUGGCAAUACAUUUUUUUCCCAGUAACAAUGUCAAUUGAUUAUGUGAGAAUUUAUCAACCAAAUGAUACAGUUUCUAUUACAUGUGAUCCAACUGAUUAUCCAACGUAUGAUUAUAUUCAAGAUCAUUUGGUUGCUUAUACGAAUCCUAAUUUGACCAAUUGGAAAGAUGCAGGGUUCACAUUCCCAAAGAAUUCAUUAACUGGUAAUUGUCAAAGUUCAAAAUUCAAAGCAUUAUCAUGA